AUGUUAAAUUGUUGUAAUCAAUUAAAUAAUUGGACAAUUAUGUCUAAACAUAUAUUUAUUGCUAAUACAACAUUUGAUGCAUUAUGGUCAAAUGCAUAUCAAUUAAAUUCUUUAAUACCAUAUGCUAUACGUGCUAAAAUUAAAUUACUUAUAUCAGGUACUGAACAAGAACAAUUAGAACAAGAAGGUCUUUGUCAAUUUUUUAAUAAUUUAUCAGCAACAACAAAUGUUACAUCAAUAACAAAUGUUACAUCAAUAACAACAGCAACAUCUGAUUCAGAAACAACAUUUGUUAAACGUUCAAAAUAUUAUAUUCAAUAUGCUAAAGAACAAUUUUUACUUCGUUGGUUACAAUUAAGUCGUUUAAGUGAAUAUAGUCGUAAAACUACCAUACAAUUAAUUCAACCAUAUCAUGAACUUGAUCAAUUUCUUGUUUUUAUUGAACAUAAUUUACCUUUACUUAAAACACUUGAAAAUCGUUAUUUAACAAAUAAUAAAAAUGAUACAAUAACUCGUGAUUUAUUUCAUGAACGUAUACAUAAGGAUUUACUUUCACAAUGGCAAUUACCAGAUGUUAUUCGUAGUUCGAUACCAACAUGGGAUGAUAUUGUUACUAAUCGAGCUCUAUUUUUAGAUAUUCUCGAUGAAUUAGUUGGUGGACCACGAAUGACAUUUACAAGUCGUUUAAAAACAUUAGAAUUUGAUCCAAUACUUAUUGAUUAUAAAGUUCAAUUGUCACUUGAUAUGGCAUAUUGUGCAUUACGUCAACGUAAUUUUAAAUUAUCUUUAUCAAAAUUAAAUGAUACACGUAAUCGACUUGAUUUAUGUCAAAAUCCAUUAAUAAAAUCAAUUUAUUGGAAUGAAAUAUAUUGUGAUGUACAUUUAAAACGUCAUCAAAUUCAAUCAUCAAUAUCAACAUUGUCAAGUUUAUUAUCAACACUUGUUGCUAAAGAAUUAAAAAAAAUGGAAACAAAAAUAAAUUCAUUACAAAUUAUUGAUCAACAAACAGGUUCAUUAAAUUCAACAUAUAUACAAUUAAAUUCACAAUUUUCUCGUACAGUUAUAGAUUUUUUACUUGCACAACCAAAAGCUUAUUUUAAUUAUGAAAAUGAUGAAAAAAUUUCACAAGCUAAACAUAGANAUCGAAAUAUGUUUCAUGAUGUAUUGCAACGUUUUAUUGAACUUCAAUCAUAUAAAAAUCAAUUUUUACCAAUUGCAUUACGAAACUUUUUUGCUAAACUUGAUGCACCAGAAGAUCAAACAAUUUAUGUCUUAUGUAUUGCAUUAAUUCUUCUUUCGAUUGAUCUUACAUCACCAUAUGUUAAAAAUAAAAUGUCGAAACGAGAAUUUAUACGUAAUACACGUCGUGCUAUUAUAAAUAAAACAUUAAGUGAUGAAUUAGCUGGUCAUCUUUAUGAUAAUAUUUAUUUAAUCGGACAUGUAGCUCGUUCAAUUACGACUGCACGUUAG